GAUUCGCUCCAGAGGCCGUGCCCGCUCUCACGGUUCCCGGUUGUCUUACUCGCCCCUUCCCGGAAGAAAGAUGGCGGCGGCCUGAGUCUAGGUCCGCGUAAGACUUUGCGGGCGCCCAGCUGCGCUCCCUAGACCCGGCGCUCCAGAAAGCCGGGGGAGUCGCAUGGUCUGACUGGUGGCGAUGACGUCCAGGCAGAGUUCCCUCUGUGGUCUGGCUGUUCAUGGCCUCUGGCUCUUGGGCCUUGUCCUCCUGAUGGAUGCAGCUGCCAGACCAGCCAACCACUCAUCCACCCGGGAAAGAGCGACCAACAGGGAGGAAAACGAGAUCCUACCCCCAGACCAUUUGAACGGGGUGAAACUGGAGAUGGACGGACAUCUGAACAGGGACUUCCACCAGGAAGUUUUCCUGGGGAAGGACAUGGAUGGCUUUGAUGAGGACUCGGAGCCAAGAAGAAGCCGGAGGAAGCUGAUGGUCAUCUUUUCCAAGGUAGAUGUGAACACCGACCGGAGGAUCAGCGCCAAGGAGAUGCAGCACUGGAUUAUGGAGAAAACAGCAGAGCACUUCCAGGAGGCUGUGAAGGAAAACAAACUACACUUUAGGGCUGUGGACCCCGAUGGUGACGGCCGUGUGUCCUGGGAUGAAUAUAAAGUGAAGUUUUUGGCAAGCAAAGGCCACAAUGAGAAGGAAAUUGCUGACGCCAUCAGGAACCAUGAGGAGCUCAAAGUGGAUGAGGAGACACAGGAAGUCCUUGAGAACCUCAAAGGUCGCUGGUACCAGGCAGACAAUCCGCCUGCAGACCUGCUGCUGACUGAGGAUGAGUUCCUUUCAUUCCUUCACCCUGAGCAUAGCCGGGGCAUGCUCAAGUUCAUGGUGAAGGAGAUUGUUCGGGACUUGGACCAGGAUGGCGAUAAGCAGCUGUCUCUGCCUGAAUUCAUCUCGUUGCCCGUGGGCACUGUUGAGAACCAGCAAGGCCAAGACAUUGAUGACAAUUGGGUGAAAGACAGGAAGAAAGAGUUUGAGGAACUGAUUGAUUCCAACCAUGAUGGGAUUGUGACCAUGGAGGAGCUGGAGAACUACAUGGACCCCAUGAACGAAUACAAUGCCCUCAAUGAAGCCAAGCAGAUGAUCGCCAUUGCUGAUGAGAACCAGAACCACCACCUGGAACCUGAGGAGAUCCUCAAGUAUAGCGAGUUCUUCACUGGCAGCAAGCUGAUGGACUAUGCCCGCAACGUGCAUGAGGAGUUCUGAGCAUGCCCCUCAGCCGGAGCCAGGCUGCCAGUCUCCUGUCUGACCCUUCCUACACCUCAAGGGGCCUGUGGUCUAGUGAGACCUGUGGUUGACUGGGUCCCAGGGUGGGUUUGAAAUGCUACCUUCUCUGUGUCUGGGGGCUACCAUGACCCCUAAAAGUGCUGUCCCAGAACCUCCUUUCUUCUGCUGUGUCCAUAUGCUCUGGUUCAGCUUCUGCCACAGCAUGGCCCAGACGUAUUAAAGAUGUGCUUACUAGGCUA